CGCGCGCACAACCGCUGGUGUUUAAUAUCCGAAAAGCACAGGAAUAAACAACAGCGGGGUUCUGGAGGACAUCAGUGUUAGAUAAUCGGCUUUAUUCCCGAAAGCAUUUUUUUACUCAACCUUUUUUCCCCUGCCGACUGUGUUAGAUAUUCAGGUGAUCUUUAUGAGAUAGAUUAUUCCUGUCCAUCAGAGCAGUGUCCUGUGAGAGACGCGCAAGAGGAGCUCAUGGCAGCGUUUCACUGCAGCAAACGAACUUCCAGGAUGGGACGAGGAACAUCUAUCGACUUAUUAAACUUAGGUGAUACUCAUUCCUAAUUUAAAUAUUUGAAUAAUAUGACAAAUGAGGGAAAAAACGUGUUCUAUUAGGAUAAAAAUGCAGUGUUCCACCAACUCCGGUGCUCUACUUCCUGUUUAAGCUACGAAAGCUGCAUACCCACAUAUACCACAGUAAUUCAAACCCAACAGCCCAAAUGCCACCAUGCCCAUCAUCAGCAAUGCUAACCAUGACUUUAGCAAUCUCUCGGUCAGCACAGAUGACAGCAGUCUUGACUUGUUCUUCACUGAAAUCCCAGAGACUGAAACCAUCAAAGGCGUGUACUUUCAGCGGGCCCAGCGACUAUGUGGCAUCUCUACUCUGAAAGACGUGGACCACAGUAAACUAGCCCUCAUUAAUGUUGGAGGGGAUCGCUACACAUUCCCAUGGAGCACACUGGAUGAAUUCCCCCUCUCUCGGCUGGGACAGCUGCGUCACUGCAGCAGCCCGGAUGAUAUCGCCCAGCUCUGUGAUGACUAUGACGAGGCUCGACGGGAAUUCUUCUUUGACCGCAGCUCAGUGGCCUUUAGGGUCAUCCUAAAUUUUCUUGCCGCAGGGAAACUGAGGCUGCUGCGGCAGGUUUGUGCUGUGUCGCUGUCUGAUGAACUCACCUACUGGGGUAUCGACCCUGUUCAUAUGGAGCGCUGCUGCCGGCGCAAGUUGUUGUCUCGUGUGGAGGAUGUGGCAGAAAAGAAGAAAAAGGAGGAUGAGAGGAAGCAGAAGAGGCAUGCCCUACAAAGGCCUCUUGCACAGGACAAGGGCUUCAUCAGGCUCAUGAAUCGGCUGCAGGAGAUAGUGGAAAACCCUCAUUCCGGCUGGGCCGGGAAGCUCUUUGCGUGUUUCUCUGUGGUCAUGAUUGCAGUGACAGUUAUCAGCUUGUGUAUCAGCACCUUGCCUGAUCACGAAAACAGGGGCGAAUGCACAGAAAAGUGCCGCAACAUAUUCAUUGUGGAAACGGUGUGUGUGGCCUGGUUCUCCAUGGAGUUUUUGUUGCGCUUCCUGCAGGCUGAAAGCAAAAUGCAGUUUCUUCGAAAUCCACUUAAUGUCAUCGAUGUCAUAGCCAUUCUACCAUACUACAUUUCUUUGGUUGUUGAUAGCGAAGAUACGUCUGAUGAAGCUGAGCUUAAUGGUGCCGGGACAAGUCGUGGAUAUUUAGAUAAACUGGGUUUAAUACUGCGGGUCAUGCGGGCCCUGCGAAUCCUCUAUGUAAUGCGGCUGGCAAGACACUCAUUGGGCCUUCAGACGCUUGGUCUUACAAUGCAGAGGAGUAUGCGAGAGUUUGGACUCCUGCUACUUUUCCUCUGCGUUGCUGUGGCUUUGUUCUCUCCUCUUGUCCACUUGGCAGAGAAGGAAUUCAGCAAGGGCAAAGCCACUGGUCCCAAUAGCUUCAGCAGCAUCCCUGCGUCCUAUUGGUGGGCAAUCAUAUCCAUGACCACGGUCGGCUAUGGUGACAUGGUGCCAUACAGUAUACCUGGCCAGGUUGUGGCCUUUAGCAGCAUAUUGAGUGGUAUUCUCAUUAUGGCCUUUCCAGCAACAUCCAUCUUCCAUGUGUUUUCUCGUUCAUAUCACGAACUGAAGCGGGAACAAGAAAUGAUUUAUAAAGAAGAGCGAGUGGCCAUCCUGGAUGCCACUGCUAAAGAGGAUGCCCAGAGACUGUUGAAGAGAGACUCCUUUUCUUGGGCCAUUGCUAACAGAAAUAGCCUGCGUAAAGACAAUGGCACAGCUGCCAUUCAGCCAACCCUCACUGCUGCUGCAUGUUGCAAAGAUAUCUGACAUGUUACUUCCAUUUUUUUUCUGUUGGAUUUCUGUAUGUUUUAAUGAGUCUGCUGGAAAGAGUUUGUGUAAUAAAUAUCUUAAUCAUUGAAAUUAA